CUACCCAUUUUACCAACUAUCCUGUUUAACAGCGCAUGAGCUGUGUUGAGCUUCCGUUCAUGAGGAGACUCGUCACAAAAAAUGCCUCCUGCUCCACGUAAAGUCAAUGUCGUGUUAUUAGGGCCACCUGGCUCAGGAAAAGGCACACAGGCACCAAAGUUGGUAGAUGAAUACAAAGUAUGUCAUCUUUCAACAGGAGACAUGCUGAGAGCAGUAAUAGCUUCAGGGUCUGACCUAGGAAAGAGGGUAAAGGGAGUGAUGGACAAAGGUCAAUUAGUGAGUGAUGACCUUGUGAUUGAAAUGAUUGACAAGAAUCUGGAUAAACCGGCAUGUGCCAAUGGGUUUCUGCUGGAUGGAUUCCCUCGUACAAUCAAACAAGCAGAAGGACUUGACAAACUGCUGGAGAAGAGGAAAUCAGAGUUGAAUGCCUGUGUGGAAUUCAGAAUUGAUGAUUCUUUACUGGUUCGACGCAUCACUGGACGUCUCAUCCAUUCAGCUAGCGGACGGUCAUAUCAUGUGGAGUUUAAUCCCCCCAAAGUGCCCAUGACAGAUGAUAUUACAGGAGAACCUCUUAUCAGACGGUCAGAUGACAAUUCGGAGGCACUAAAGAAACGUUUAGAGUCCUACCACAAGCAGACCAGCCCUCUCGUUGAUUACUACAGUAAGAAAGGCAUCCACACUGCAGUGGAUGCAAAACAACCUCCCAAUGUUGUCUUUGCUGCCAUUCAAGCUGCCUUCUCAGGAAAAGGAAAAGAUAAAUUACGAUUACUGGGACAAGGAUAGAAAUUUAUCAUUAACCAUGACCUUGGAAAUUUAUGAUUGGCAUUUGUUGGUGAAUUAUUCUAGAUACAUGAGAAAAAAAUUUUGGCAUACAUUUCCUAUGCAUAUCAGUUGCUUUAUAUUGCAUCUCUUUAAAAAAAAAAAAAACAAACCCAUAGACACAAGAAAUAGAGCCUGUACACAGGAUUAAAAUAGAAUUCUGUGCAAUUGCCAACAUCAGUCAGUUUCCACUUAACAAGUUAUAAAGAUUUCAUCGGACAUAAAUGAUCCUUUUUUUUGUGCAUGUAUCAUUCAAGUGAUAAAUUGUUUUACGUGUAGCGUGGUAGUUUCCUUACUGAUAAUUUUCCAGAUUUUUCCAUUCAUAUGCUUGAACCAAAAUCAUAGUUGCAAUAGCCAUGUAUGUUUUAAGAAUGUUGAUUGUUUUAUUUUCAUAAAUGAAAUCUUAGAUAACCUAA